AUGGGGAAAAAACUAAGUGAUGAAGAAGUGGCUGAGUUAUUACAAGGGGAUAUAUCAGAUAUAGAAGAACUAGAUGAAGGUGAUGACAUAAAUAUUGACAAUCUAAAUGAAAUAUUGAAUCAAUUUCCUGAUAAUAUUGAAGAAUUGUUUCCUAUGCAAAAUAAUUUAUUGGAAGAGGAUGAAGUCAAUUUUGAAAAUAAUUUAAUCAUGCUUAACCAGAGGGACAUAGAAGCAGAAAUUGAAGAGGAAAAUAGACUUUUUGAUGAACAAGUUAGGAUAGGUCCAAAUUGGGAAAAGGUACCAUAUCAAAACCCUGAUUCAACAUGGAAAGGAAACUUACCUGAUCCACCUACUCACAUUUUGUCUCCCUAUAAAUAUUUUAAACAGUAUUUUGAUGAUGAUAUUAUUCAGAAUUUAUGCGAACAAACCAAUAUUUAUUCUGUACAGAAGUCAGGAAAAUGCAUUGCUACAUCAACAGCUGAGAUUGAACAAUUUAUUGGAAUUCAAAUGUACAUGGGUAUUGUCAAAAUGCCAUCUUAUAGAAUGUUUUGGAAUAAUCAGACCCGCUUUCCUACAGUUUCUGAUGUAAUGGCAAGAAACAGAUUUGACAACAUAAGGUCUUACUUUCACGUUAAUGAUAAUACUCAGAUGUUACCCAGAGAACAUAGCCAACAUGACAAAUUGUUCAAAAUCAGACCUUUUUUGAAUGCUAUAAGGAAUAACAUGAAAAAAGUUCAUGUAAAUGAGUUUAUAGCUGUUGACGAAAUAAUUAUUCCUUUCAAAGGUCGCUCAACUAUAAAGCAGUACAAUAAAAAUAAGCCUCAUAAAUGGGGAAUCAAAAUGUUUGCACUGGCUUCAUCAAAUGGACUAGUGCAUGAUUUUGAAAUAUAUGUUGGCAAAGGUACUUUACCUCCAUCGAAUCAUGGCCUAGGUAUAAGUGGAGAUGUUGUCAUGCGACUUAUUGAAUGUGUUCCAAAGCAUGAAAACUAUAAGGUAUCUAUGGACAAUUGGUUUAAUUCUUACAACUUGCAAUGCAAGUUAAAAUUUGUUGGAGUUCAAAGUAUCGGGACUGUACGUUCUAAUCGUAUUGCUGGUUGUGUACUAGAAAAUGAUAAGCAACUGAAAUCUGGAGAACGUGGCAAGUUUGAUAGUAGAGUGGACACAAAUAACAAUAUUGUAGUAACUAAGUGGCAUGAUAAUAAAGUUGUGCAUGUAAUUUCAAAUUACAAAGGACCACUGCCUGUGGAGAAUGUCAAAAGAUGGUCUGUUGCUGAAAAAAAAAAAGUUGAUGUCCCUAGGCCAGCGUCAAUUGGUGAAUAUAAUUCUUAUAUGGGAGGUAUUGAUUUACAUGAUAUGCUAGUGGAGCUAUAUCGUGUAAAUAUAAGAGUAAGACGAUAUUAUUUACGCAUUGUGUAUCAUUUGCUUGAUAUGUGUGUGGUAAAUUCGUGGUUACUCUAUAGAAGACAUUGUAAGCAGUUAAAUGAAAAAACUAUGAGCUUAUUAAAAUUUAAGUUAGAAAUAUCUCAUGCUUUAUUACAAUGUGGAAAAGUUCAAACGCCAAAAAGAGGUAGACCAUUAUCUAAUACACCACCAAGUAAAAAAAGAAGAACUUUUACUCCAAGACCAACUAAUGAUGUUAGAUAUGAUCAAACUGGACAUUGGCCAAUCCGAGUCAUAGAAAAACAAAGGUGUAAGAAUUGUAUUAAAUGUUAUUCUACAACAAAAUGUGAUAAGUGUAAGUUACACUUAUGUUACAAUUUAAAAAACAAUUGUUUUUUAAACUACCAUAAAAAAUAA